AUGAAGUCAAGCACAGAUCCUCGUGUAGAGGGCAAGAAGAAAGUUAUUUUUUUCAGCAGAAUAUGGGAGAAAGAAAGAAUGUGUAGCAAGUACAAACCUAGUACAAUUUUCCCUAAAGGAACUUCUUGCUCGCAUAAAAGUGCUGUGAACAGAAAUAGGAAAACAAGCUCGAGGUUUGGCAGAGAUAGUGGAGUGGACAACCCUCCUAUAUUCCAUUUUAAAAUCGAGAACUGGAGCACUUCUUCACGGCAAUGCUAUUUGUCAGUAAAGGCUCGUGAACGUUGUGACUGCGGACAAAGUUUGUAUAAGCUCGUGAGCAAAUUUAUCAAGUAUCAUAUGGUUACUUGUUAUUUGUCAGUAAAGGCUCGUGAACGUUGUGACUGCGGACCAAGUUUCAUGUGGUUCAUUCUUACAUUGAAUAAGAUGUACUAG